AUGCGAUUAAAAUUUUUACAACAUCCAAUAAGUUACUCAGUACGAUCACGUAGUCAGUUGGAUGAAACUCGCAUUUUCGUCCGCACACUUGUUUGCGUGUUUUUCAAACUGUUGGAAGACGACGUCGUUGCGUCGCAGAGAGACAAAACAAAAGCAAUUGCAGUUCAUUCCAAACAAAUCGCCAAAAGCAAACUCAAUUUGAGAAAAGAAAAUAUUUCUCUAGAGUUUCACUUUGAUGUUCUUUCGCUCUUCGACUUGAAUUCAUCUGAAAGCAAACGAGAUUAA